AUGGAACGAGAUUCGCGACGGGAUCGAGGACAGUGGCGAGGCUGCCACACCUUCCAGGAUAUUGUUUGUGACGGAGAUCGACCAGCUCCUUCUAGAAGGAAUGGUGGCCUGAAAAUGGGCCAGCCCUAUUAUUUUUAUUAUGAGCUGGACGGCUCCCGUGAGACUCAUGACCCGACCCGGCCCUCGACCUCUACUUGCCCAUAUAUGCCAGGUCAGACCGUCAACAUCAUGGUGGUCCCGACGGAGAAGUCCAACAGGAAACGAAGAGCAUCCCUCAGCUCAAUGAACGAUAACGACUUCAUGACCAUGGACCCGAACGACAAGUUUCUCACCCCGAGGCCAGCACCUGUCCUGCCGGCUAUUCCUGACUUUCUGGGCCCGAGACAUCGCCUACCGACCACCAAUGCACAGGGCCUGAAGCACAAACGAUCUGACCGGUCACUCCCGUUGACACCUACGCCGAGCUGGUGGUCGCCGAAGAAGCUCUUCAACCGCAAGCACGCCUCAUCAUCGCCUCAACCCAGUGUCGUGGAGACUCCAGCGUCGAGACCAUCAUUGUCCGAGGAGCAACAAUGCGCUGUCGCAUCAGAGUCGACAGGCACACGGUCCAUGUCACCAGAGUCGCUGAGGAGGUUCCUGAUGGACGAGGCGCCUGUGUCUUCGGAGGUCCAAUCCCCAGAACGGCUCGGCCUGUCUAUUCCAGAUGACAUUGCGGAGGAGGACGAUGAUGACUUCGUCGUCGCUUCAGCUGUCUCCGAAUGUGGACCCAAGACCAUCCUGUCGCCGCCGCCUCCCUCAUCAAACAUACUUCGUCGCCUCUCGGAGAACGAAUCAACCAUCACACUGAAGGCUGUUGCCACACAGGACCGUCCAACACUCUCACCACGAUCCCCAAUGCCGUCUGCCACCUUUUACCAGAAGCAAUCACAUCAACAGGUUGAGGAAGCUGACGUCCCCCUGUCGCGCUUCUCACUCUCCUCUGACGAGGGGUCCAUUAUCGACGACGACGACGACGACGACUACGCCGACGCCGACCUGGACUCGCCCACGACCACCGACAACGAUAUUCCCUCUUUCUACCACUCGGAUGCCGACGACGACGAUAUCGACACCGAGGUCUCUUACUAUACAUUUUUCUAUGAGUCUCAGGCGCCGGCGGCCUGA